CUCAAAGCAGUCCAACAAUUUCAUUAAGCCCAACGAGAGAGUCUUAACCCUACAUUUAUAAAUUCAUCCAAAAUUCUGCAUCCAACAUAUCAGCAGAAGUCCGAAGCGUCGAUCUCCUCUGCUCCGCGGCGCCCGUCGUGUGUUUAUGCUCUGAAAAAAGUGAAGGUCUAGAAAACAAUGUCGUACGCAGCGAUGAAGCCGACUAAGCCGGGGUUGGAAGAGCCCCAAGAGCUGGAACACAGAAUUCGCAUCACUCUCUCUUCAAAAAAUGUGAAGAAUCUCGAGAAAGUAUGUGCUGACUUGAUACGGGGGGCCAAGGACAAAAGGCUUCGGGUCAAGGGACCUGUGAGAAUUCCGACUAAGGUUCUUCAUAUUACUACUAGGAAAGCUCCGUGUGGUGAAGGUACAAAUACCUGGGACAGAUUUGAGCUUAGGAUUCACAAGCGAGUGAUUGAUCUUUUCAGUUCCCCAGAGGUUGUGAAGCAGAUAACUUCAAUCACCAUUGAACCUGGUGUGGAGGUUGAGGUCACCAUAGCCGAUGCUUAGGGCUUCCUUGAUUAGUGCUAUUUCUGAUUCCUUUUACUUUGAAUUCAAGCUUUUGUGAUGACGAGCUAGGAUAUCUGAUAUGAGUUCUUUUUCUACUACAAUUUUGUAUGUCCAGGACAAUAUUAGGGAAAUGGAUAUGGAAAAUGACUUUUCUUUUCUUUUCAAUGCUGGAUCCAUGCUAUCUUGUUUAAAAAUUUCAUAUUAGUAGUUGAAUAUUCUAAUUAAAUCUAAUUUCUUUAUAAAUAGA